AUGAUUCCUGAUAAUGUACCAUCGGUGUUUAGACAAAUGGAUGAAAGUUCACUUGAAUUAGAAAACUGUUCCCUAAAUGGUCCUAUAACAGCGUUAAAUUCAACAGUUAUGGAAGGUGCUCUACUAUUUCAUGAUUAUUGCUCAAAGGUUCUGCCUUCAGAAACUGAUGCUCCAGAUAAGGAAAAUAUGAAUGUUAUGGUUAAGUCAACCAAUCAGGAGACACCAUCAAGAAAGUAUGACGGCAUAACAAACAAAAUUAAGAAGAGGUUGUAUACUUCAAAUAGUUUAGUAUCAUUAGAAGAAAAUACUUGCAAUGUUGGAAACGAUGCUGUAAAUUCUGAAAAAAAUAAUGAUUCACCAGAAGAAGCAAUCAAAAACCGGCCAUUUAAGCGAAGAAAAAUUGAGAGUGAUGACGAAGAUGGCGAUGAUCCAAGAGAUAGAUCAUACGAGCCUUCAGAACAUGAUGAAAGUGACAUGGAAGAUUAUGAAGAAAACGAUGACAAUAACAUAGAGAACGUCGUACCAAAUUCAAAGUCACAAUCGCCACUAGAUUCAGCUUGUAAAUCAUCCACUCGAAAAGUGAUAGAUUUAAAUUUAUCUAAAAUCUUGAAGCGACGAAGCCUAACAAACAAAUCUAAAGAAUUGAAUGAAAUUAAAAAAAGUUCAGGGACUUAUACAUGUCCCUUCUGCCAUAAGAAUUUUGUUAAAUUGCCACCACAUCUUGAGGCCAUGCAUUCUGAUGAACCCGAAGUAAAAGAAUUUAUCGGUAUGAAACCAAAGUCACUUGAACGUUUUUGGUUAUUGAAAAUGUUACUAAACAGAGGACGCGAUUAUCGAAACGAAAUCUCUGAUAAUUUAGAGGUUUGUAGAAUUCCUUUGGCAGGUAAAAGACAGCCUAAAAAAGUGAUUGAAGAUAACGCGAAACUGCAAGAGCAAAAUAAAAAUGGAGAUGAAAAUAAAGUUAUAGUAAAUAACACGGCAAAUGAAAAAGAAGUCGUUAAAAAAGAAGUUAAGCCGAGUGAUUAUGCAAAAUGCCCCAAUUGUCACGGCUCAUAUAUUCGUAAAAGAUUAGCUACACAUGUUAAAAAGUGUAUUAAUCAAGACAAACUCAAAGGAAAUGUUAAUUUGAAAACUUAUAUUAAAGGAUCGAAUCUGAAAAUUCAUGUUUGUGCUACCGAAGAGACUGCCAAAUUGAUGUGUGCUUUGAGAUCAGAUUCUAUAGGAGAUGUACUUUUGAAAGACCGUUUAAUCAUCUUAUAUGUAAAUAUGCGUUUAAAAAAGUACGAAAAUGCUAUUAGGAAACGUUCCAUGUUAACACAAAUACGACAAGAGGCUCGAUUAAUUGGACGUAUGACAGAAGAGUUACUUCUUUUAUGUGACGAUAUUCAGGAGUUAGGAGACGCAUUUACCUUAAAUACUUCAGCAAAAUAUGAAGCAGCAAUAGAGGCAGUAGCAGGCAAAGCAACUACUGGUAUCUACCAGCACCCUUCAAAUGCAACACAACUUGCCAGUUUUACUGAUGAUUUAAUAAAAUUACAAUUAGAUUAUUUGAACGAACAACUUGAAUUAAACGAAAGUAAUCUAGAAAUCGUAAGAAGUCUUGAAAAGAAAAAAAAUAAAUGCAUUUCAUUUCAAAAUAGAUUUGAAGUAGAUAUAAGAAGUUCCUUAACGAAAAAAGCUUCACAGUCUACAGUGAGGCAUGUAGCUGACAAAGAAGUGUUAGAAACUAGUUCGGAAGAUGUAACAAGGUUUUAUACGUAUGCUCUAAAGAUGAGAAAAGAAGCUCGGGAGUCUUUAGAAAAGGACGGCUUUACGAAAAAAGCUUGGGAACAGCUUGGCGAAAGCCAGCUAUUAAUUUCGCUCAUUUUUAAUCGCAAGCGUGUCGGCGACAUGGCGUAUUUUGAAACACGCUACUAUAACAAAAAAAAAAGUAUUGUAGAAACCAUGCCAGAAGUUUAUAAUAAACUAGAUAAUGAAAGUCAGUUAUUGGGCAAAACAUAUAAGCACGUAUAUACACUAGCAAAGCGAUCUCGUAUAGUUUCACUACUACUUUCAUCAGAAGAUGAAGAGUGCUACGAAUUAUUUUACUCAUUUAGAAAUAUUGCUGGAGUUCCUAAAGAAAAUCCGUAUGUUUUCGGUUUACCUAGUUCAAAUUUAGUUGAGGAGUUUAAAGUUCCCGAACCCUGUGGAAUAAUACGCAGAUAUUCUGAGCAAUGCGGAGCAGAGCAUCCGGAAAGUCUUCGAGGAACUGCGAUGCGUAAACACAUAGCAACGUUAUGUGCUUUAUUAAAUUUAUCAGAACGCGAUUACGAAGAACUAGCUAAUUUCUUGGGUCACCGCUUAGACAUCCAUAAGCAGGUAUACCGACAGCCACAGAUCGUUCACGUCGUUACUCAAAUUUCCAAAUUAUUGGAAAUGGGUAUGACAGAAAACGAAGAUGCAACCAAUAGUUUAAAAAUAUCUGCAAAAUCACAGUUAGAUUUGACUACCGACAAAGAAGUUGAACAAAUAAUAAAAAACAUUGAGAAAACUAAAAUCAAUUCAGUAACAAAAGUUACUUGUGAUAAUUCUUCCACGUUAGAUUCUGCACUUGAAAUAUCAUUACCAGUUGUCCGUCAGUCUUCAAAAUCUUCAGGAUCUGGUAAAACUAAACCCUCCCAUCAGAGCGGUAUAACCUCAUCGGUAACACUCAUACAGAAGAAACUAAAACUGAAGAGAAGUUCAGAAAAAGAACUACUAGCAAAAGAUCUUGUUGUCUUAUGCUCCAUAUUGCUGGACACAAGUCAAAAUAUUUGA